CGGCGGCCACCCGGCCCUCAGAUGGUGGGGCCAGAGGAUGCUGCCGCCUGCUCGAGAAGAAACGCCAAGUUGCUCCCGGCGCCCGCGCAGGAGCCCGCGGACCCGGACAGGAAGAUGAUCCCGGCCACCGGCGGGUUUGGUGGCAGUGUCGGCGCGGACCGUGGCUGCCCGGCCGAAGCUCAUGCUGGCGGCUCAGAGCCUCGCUACCAGCGCCCGUGCGGUCGCCUCCGCCUGGAAGGGCCCGGGGACCAGGGUGCGGGCGGCGCCGACAGCUCGUCAGACUGGGCCGCGCCGCUCGAGGACCCGCUGCGGAGCUGCUGCCUGGCGGCCGCAGACGCCGACGUCGAUGCCGACGACGACUCGGGGGGCAGCGAGGACUCGGAGCGGCCCACAGCCAGCCCCGCGGGGUCCGUGGAGCGCGAGCUCGCCGUCACUCCAGCCGGGAGGACUAGUGGGGGUGCCGAGCCGAGCCUCGGCUUCCCGGACGGUCACUUGAACUCCCGGAAUACGUUCGAGGUGAGCCGCCGGCCGACCACCGGCGACCACCUGCCCCCGGCGGAGCGGCCAGUGCCAUCGCCCGGCAUGGAGCCGGGCCCCGCGGGGACCUCGGCCCGGGCUCGGCGGGGUGGAGGCUUUGCGGACUUCUUCGCCAGAAAUCUUUUUCUAAAAAGGACAAAGGAACUCAAAUCAGUUGUUCAUAGUGCGCCUGGUUGGAAAUUAUUUGGAAAAGUCCCUCCCAGAGAGAAUCUCCAAAAAACUUCCAAAAUCAUUCAGCAGGAAUAUGAAGCACGAACAGGAAGGACAUGUAAACCACCACCUCAGUCUUCACGACGUAAAAAUUUUGAAUUUGAGCCACUUUCUACCACAGCCCUGAUUCUUGAGGAUCGACCAUCAAAUCUUCCUGCUAAAUCUGUGGAAGAAGCUUUACGCCACCGACAAGAAUAUGAUGAAAUGGUGGCUGAGGCUAAAAAAAGAGAAAUCAAAGAAGCGCAUAAAAGAAAAAGAAUAAUGAAAGAGCGAUUUAAACAGGAAGAAAGCAUUGCAAGUGCAAUGGUAAUUUGGAUCAAUGAAAUACUGCCCAAUUGGGAAGUGAUGCGUAGUACAAGAAGAGUUCGAGAAUUGUGGUGGCAGGGAUUGCCCCCUAGUGUUCGUGGGAAAGUAUGGAGUCUAGCUGUAGGAAAUGAACUAAAUAUCACUCCUGAACUUUAUGAGAUCUUCCUUUCAAGAGCAAAAGAACGAUGGAAAAGCUUCAGUGAAACAAGUUCAGAUAAUGAUAUAGAAGGUAUAUCUGUUGCUGACCGAGAGGCCAGUCUGGAAUUAAUUAAGUUGGACAUAUCCCGUACAUUUCCAUCUCUCUACAUCUUUCAGAAGGGUGGCCCAUAUCAUGAUGUUUUACAUAGUAUCUUAGGGGCAUAUACAUGUUACAGACCUGAUGUUGGUUAUGUCCAAGGGAUGUCCUUCAUUGCAGCAGUACUCAUUCUCAAUUUAGAAGAGGCAGAUGCCUUCAUUGCAUUUGCAAAUCUCCUCAACAAGCCAUGCCAACUGGCCUUUUUCCGUGUUGAUCACACCAUGAUGCUGAAAUAUUUUGCAACAUUUGAAGUAUUCUUUGAAGAAAACCUCUCCAAACUAUUUCUUCAUUUCAAAUCUUACAGUCUUACACCAGACAUAUACUUAAUAGACUGGAUCUUCACACUAUAUAGCAAAUCUCUACCACUUGAUCUGGCUUGUCGAGUCUGGGAUGUAUUUUGCAGAGAUGGGGAGGAGUUUUUAUUUAGGACUGGAUUAGGAAUCCUCCGGUUAUAUGAAGAUAUUCUCCUACAGAUGGAUUUUAUUCAUAUAGCACAGUUUUUAACAAAAUUGCCAGAAGAUAUCACAUCUGAGAAGCUGUUCAGCUGUAUUGCAGCCAUUCAGAUGCAGAAUAGCACCAAAAAAUGGACUCAGGUCUUUGCUUCUGUAAUGAAGGAUAUUAAAGAAGGAGACAAGAACUGCAGCCCUGCCCUGAAAAGUUAGUCCUCUAGCGACUGAUACAAAAAGUAUUUUGGGGGUAAAAGUUGUCUGUUUCCUGUGUAAAGAGCUGGAAGAAAUGGGAAAUCUAAAAGAAUCAAGAGGCGGAAAAGUGCUCAUUUGAAAUUCCAUGUCUAAAGUAAAUGAAAUAAGUAAUUUAUUGACAGUAUUAAUUUAAAAAUUAUUUUGUAGGGAGAGCCAUUUUUUAGAGUAAAAAUCUUAAGUAGGUAUUUCAUAUUCCACAAUUUGGAGUUUAUAAUUGAGUGCAAUAAUAAAAAAUUUAAUAGCUUCAGAGAUA